AUGAUGCAGUCCGAGAGUCAGCAGAGCGUCCCCACAGCCGACGGCUGUUUCCUGAUGUGGCGGGAUUACAUGGACCUGCGCCGGACUCUGUCGCAGCUGCUGCUGGAGCAUCGCGAUGAGGAGCGGGCGGCUGUGAGUGUGGUGCCCGCGGAGGGUUUCAUCAGGACCGGCUCCUCCAGCAGCGUCUCCGGCAGCUCCUGCACACUCUCCUCCUCCAGCCAGGACCUGCGGAGCCCGCGUGACUCCUGUGGCUUCUGCAGGCAAAACGGAGAGACUGCGCAGAUUUACCGGAGCCACAGACUAAAGGCAAGGGACGGACGCGUUCUGUGUCCGAUACUGAGGAGCUACGUGUGUCCGUUAUGCUCGGCCACUGGGGACCGCGCGCACACCCGCUACUACUGUCCGCGGAGAAACAUCACAAAGAAGAACAGUAGCUUCUAA